CCUUUUCAAACACUUCCCUUUUCAAUUAGUUCCCACCCAUGUAACCUCUCUCUGUCUCUCUCUCUCUCUCUCUCUAUAUAUAUAUAUAUAUAUACUUGUACUCUCACCCAAUUCAUUUCCAUUAAAUUCCUAUCUUCUUCUCUAUCCGUUUUCUAUUGGUUUGUAACUUUCUCUGGUUGUCUUUCAAUUGAGUUUCUCUCUCUGGGAUUUCAUCAAACACAUGGCGGACAAACAACCCGGCUUGAACGGUGCAUACUACGGCCCCCCAAUCCCACCUCCCAAAACCUAUCACAGUCAUGGCCGUGGCUCAGGAUGCGGGUGCGGAUGCUGCUGUCUCUUCACCCUUCUUAUCAAAAUCGUUGUUUCUAUAGUUUUUCUCCUCGGCCUGGCCGCGCUCAUCGUCUGGCUCAUCUUCCGACCCAUUAACAAGGUAAAGUUCCACGUCACGGACGUGUCAUUAACCCAGUUCAACCUCACUAACUCCAACACCAUCCACUACGACCUCGCUCUCAACAUCAGCGUUCGAAACCCCAACAAGAAGAUAGCCGUCCACUAUGAUCGCAUCGAGGCCAGGGCUUUCUACGAGGACGCGAGGCUCAAGGUCGUAUCCUUGACACCCUUUUUCCAGGGUCACAAGAAUACCACCGUACUGACUCCGGUCUUUAAAGGGCAGCAAGCCGUCUUUUUCGACGCUGAGAAAUUACAGGAGUUUAACCAGGAAACAAACGCUGGGGUUUUCAGCAUCGACGUGAACUUGCAUCUAAGAGUCAGGCUGAGGCUGGGAAAGAUCAGGAUUGGCACGUUUAAACCCAGGGUAAAGUGUGACUUGAAGGUUCCUGCGAGCUCCUCUAAUGGCGUCUUUCGCACAACCAGGUGCGACGUUGAUUUCUGGUGAUUGUCGCACCCGGCCUCUUUGACCGAAUCCGUUGAUUUCCUUUUUCUCAUCAUAUUUUCAUCUUUCGAAUUUAUUUAUUAUUCUUUUUUUUUUUUGUUUUUUAAAUUUUAGUAUUUACGUCGUCGUUUUUGAUUUUUACCCGCGAGAUAUGUACGCUCUUCUCGUAUAUAUACCUGAUUUUAUAUAUAUAUUUCUUUCUUUGUAUUUAUUUAUAUUACUUUCGAUGUGAAUAAAUAAUUAUUGUUUUUGUUUUCCCCCUUUA